GCGAGGGCCGAGUCCUCAGCGGCCGGCGGCAAAAUGGCGGACCGCUUCUCCCGCUUCAACGAGGACCGGGACUUCCAGGGUAAUCACUUCGAUCAGUAUGAAGAAGGACACUUGGAAAUUGAACAGGCAUCGCUAGACAAGCCUAUAGAAUCGGAUAAUAUUGGACACCGCUUGCUCCAGAAACAUGGGUGGAAGCUGGGCCAGGGAUUGGGAAAAUCUCUUCAGGGGAGGACGGACCCCAUUCCGAUCGUCGUCAAGUAUGAUGUCAUGGGCAUGGGCCGCAUGGAGAUGGAGCUCGAUUAUGCCGAAGAUGCAACGGAGCGGCGGCGGGUCCUGGAAGUGGAGAAGGAAGACACGGAAGAGCUGAGGCAGAAGUACAAGGACUAUGUCGACAAAGAGAAGGCCAUCGCCAAGGCCCUGGAAGACCUCCGAGCGAACUUCUACUGCGAACUGUGCGAUAAGCAGUAUCAGAAGCACCAGGAGUUUGACAACCACAUCAACUCAUACGACCACGCGCACAAGCAGAGGCUGAAGGAUCUCAAGCAGAGGGAGUUCGCUCGCAAUGUCUCCUCGCGGUCCCGGAAGGACGAGAAGAAGCAGGAGAAGGCCCUGCGGCGGCUGCAUGAGUUGGCAGAGCAGAGGAAGCAAGCUGAAUGCGCUCCCGGGAGCGGCCCCAUGUUCAAGCCGACCACGGUAGCCGUAGACGAAGAAGGGGGCGAGGAGGAAAAGGACGAGGCGGCCGCCGGCGGCAACAACACCCAGCCGGCCUUCGGCCCGGCCCCCGAAUCGGCCGCCGACCGAGGCGGCGCGGGAGCGGCGGCCUCCGCUCCCGGCCCGGCCCCUCAGCCCGUCGGCUUCAGCUUGAAGAACCACCUGGGGACCCCGCUGCAGAAGCUAGGGGUGUCGUUUUCCUUCGCCAAGAAGGCCCCGGUCAAGCUGGAGUCGAUCGCCUCGGUCUUCAAAGACCACGCGGAGGAGGGUGGCCCCGGGGACGAGGCCCCGGCCGAGGAGAAGGGCUCCGACCCGGGGGCCGCGCAGAAGGCCGGCGAGGCCGAGGGCGCCGCUCAGCCCGACGGCAAGAAGGCCGAGGAGGACGCGGCCGAGAAGGAGGGCGGCUCCCUGGCCUCGACGUUGUCCAAGCUGAAGAGGCUGAAGCGGGAAGAAGGGGCCUCCGCCUCUGAGCCCGAGUACUACCACUACACGCCCCCGGCCCACUGCACGGUGAAGCCCAAUUUCCCCUUCCUCCUGUUCAUGCGAGCCAGCGAGCAGAGGGAGGCCGACGGCGGCUCCAGCCCGAAGGCCGCCAACUCUCCAAGGCCCCGGGCCGGCCACAAGCCGGCCGCCGGGGCCGCCAAGGCCACAGCCGAGGCCUCGGAGGCACCGCCGCCCAAGGAGGCGAUCGGGGCCGGGCCCCCCGAGCCAAAGGGCAAGGCCGAGGCCAAAGGCGGGCGAGGGGACCCCGGCCCCCCAGGCGGGGACGGGCAGCCGCCCGCGGAGACCAAGACGCCCGAGCCCGAAGGCCCUACGGAAGCCCCCCAGUCCCUCCCCGGGGCCAAGGAGGGCCCAGAAGGGCCCAGGCGGCCCACCGGGCCCUUCUUCCCGGUCCUGAGCAAGGACGAGAGCACGGCGCUCCAGUGGCCCUCCGAACUGCUCAUCUUCACCAAGACGGAGCCCUCCGUCUCCUACAGCUGCAACCCGCUCUACUUCGAUUUCAAGCUGUCGAGGAACCGCGAGGGACGGGCGAAAGGCGGGGAGAAGCCCAGAGAGGCGGGGGACGGCCCAAAGGCCCCGCUCCAGCCCCCCGACCCCGGCGACCCGAGCAAGGACGGGGAGGCGGAGGGCGGGGGCCGUCCCGCCGGCGGGAAGGUGGGGGACGCGACCCCCUCGGGAUCCGCCUGCGGCAGCCUCGGCCAGGCGGAGCCCGGCGGGAGCCGCGCGGAGGAAGCCGAGAGCCUCUCCAGCAGGAAGGAGCAGGCGGGCAGGUCCCACCGACACAAGAAGAAGAAGAAGCACAAAAAGUCGAGCAAGCGCAAGCGCAAGCACAAGGAGGACCCGGAGGAGAAGGGCGGCAAGGGCGACGCCGGGGAGAAGGCCAAGAAACGCAAGAAGCGGAAGCGCAAGAAGAGCAAGUCGUCCGGGCCCGGGGACUCGGAGCGGGGGCCCAAGCCGGAGCCGCCGGGCAGCGGGAGCCCGGCCCCGCCGCGGAGGCGCCGCCGCCCCCCGCCCGACGACUCUCAGCGGAGGUCGCUGCCGUCCGAAGAGGGGACUAGCGGCCAGAAGGAAGAGGGCGGUGGAGGCGGGGGCGGGGGGGGCGGCGGGGCCGCCCAGGACCACGGCGGCAAGAAGCGGAGGGCCGAGCCGCCGCCCUCGGCGCCCUCGACCCCGCCGUCCGCCUCCCAGCGCCGGGGGGCCUCCCGCCGGGGGAGCCGGUCCGGCCGCCACAGCCGGCCCGGAAGCGGGGACGACGACGAGGGCGACAGCGAGGCCGGGUCCUCUCACCGGCAGCGCCUCCGCCGCCCGUCGCCGGACAGCGAGGACGACGAGGCGGACUCGGGCAGCGCCCGGUCGCGGAGCCGCUCCCGGUCCGACCGGCGCUCCCCGUCCAGCAGCACGGACGCGUCCUCGGACCGCAGCCGCUCCAGCCGGCCGCGGAGCUACUCGGACGACAGCGACUACAGCGACUACAGCGACCGGCCGCGGCGGCGGCGGCGGGAGCGGCGGGGCCGGGGGCGGCGGGCCAAGCGCUCCCGCGGCUCCGAGGACGCCUCGGACUCGGGCAGCUCCAAGCCCCGCUCGAAGCGGCGCAAGUACUCCUCCUCCUCGCCCCGCUCCCCGUCCUCCCCGUCGUCCCCGCCCUCCUCCUCGUCCGAGGACGACGACGACGACUCCAGCCGGAGCCGCGGCCGGUCCCGGAGCCGCUCGCGGGGCCGCCCCCGGGGCCGCUCACGCAGCCGCAGCCCCAGCAGCCCCAGCAGCCGCAGCAGCCGCAGCCCCAGCCCCGACAAGCGGCGGAGCCGCAGCGCCACGGCCCGCAGCUGGCAGCGCAGCCGCAGCUACAGCCGAGGACGCAGCCGCGGCCCCCGCAGCCCCUCGCUGAGGGCGGGCUCGCGGAAGGGCUCCGGGGGCCACGAGAGCCCCGAGGAGCGGCGCUCGGGCCGCCGGGACUUCAUCCGCGCCAAGAUCUACCGCUCCCAGUCCCCGCACUGCUUCCGGGCCGGCCGCGGGGACGACGGCCGGGGCCCGGACGGGCAGGACGGGGGCCCCGGCAGCCCCGAGGACCGGAACUCGCUCACCGCCAAGCUGCUGCUGGAGAAGAUCCAGGCGAGGAAGGUGGAGCCCAAGCCCGGAGGCACCGAGGAGGCCCCGGGGCCCGCGGGGGCCCCCGCCCCCGCGGCCCAGGGCAGAGGGGGCCCCAGGCUGAAGGACCCACCCCAGGGCUACUUCGGCCCCAAGCUGCCCCCUUCCCUGGGCCACAAGCCGGUCCUCCCUCUCAUCGGGAAACUGCCCGCCCCCCGGAGGCCCGGCACCAGGAAGAGCGAAGAGGCGGGCCCGGACCGGGAUGAGGAGCGGGAGCAGUCGGAGCCGGAGGAGGGGCCUCCGGGGGCCACCGAACCCCCCUUCGGGCCCCCGGAGGACCCCGAGGGCUCCCCGCCCGCCGCCGCCCCCGAAGAGCAGAAGGAGGAGCCCGACGGAGCGGCCGCCGAGCCGCCCCCGGCCCUCGCCGACGGCUACCCUACGGCCGCGGGGCUUCCCGCCGGCUACCUCCCCGGGGACGGGGCCUCCCCGGGGCCCCUCGACGGGGACGGUCGGCCCGCCCCGCCGGAGCCCGGCCCGCUGCCUCCGGACCCCGAGGCGGAGCCCUACGCGGGCUUCGCGCCCCCGGCGGGGGAGCCCGGCCCCGAGGAGCCGGACGGGGCGGAGGCGGGGUCCCUGGCCCCCCUGGAGAGCCAGCCCAUCACCUUCACCCCCGAGGAGAUGGAGAAGUACAGCAAGCUCCAGCAGGCGGCCCAGCAGCACAUCCAGCAGCAGCUCCUUGCCAAACAAGUGAAGGCCUUCCCCGCCUCGGCCGCCCUGGCCCCGGCCGCCCCGGCCCUGCAGCCCAUCCACCUCCAGCCGCCGGCCACGGCCACGGCCGCGGCCACCUCCAUCACCACGGUGCAGCACGCCAUCCUGCAGCAUCACGCCGCCGCGGCCGCCGCCGCCGCCGCCAUCGGCAUCCACCCGCACCCGCACCCCCAGCCCCUGGCCCAGGUGCACCACAUCCCCCAGCCGCACCUGACCCCCAUCUCCCUCUCCCACCUGACCCACUCCCUCAUCCCCGGCCACCCGGCCACCUUCCUGGCCAGCCACCCCAUCCACAUCAUCCCCGCCUCCGCCAUCCACCCGGGGCCCUUCGCCUUCCACCCCGUCCCCCACGCGGCCCUCUACCCCACGCUCCUGGCCCCCCGCCCCGCCGCCGCCACCGCCCUCCACCUCCACCCGCUGCUGCACCCCAUUUUCUCAGGUCAGGACCUGCAGCACCCGCCCAGCCACGGCACCUGAGCGGGGGCGGGGAGGGCGGGAGGGGCCCGGAAGCGGGUCGCGGGGGGCCACCCCCCCAGAGUGUCUCGCACACACGCGCACCCCCCGCCCCCCCGCCGGGGAGCGGGCCGGGAAGUUGCUUGGCAGCCAAAGAACCGAGCCUGGGCUCGCGGUGGGGGGCGCGGCAGGUUGUGGGGGUGUGCGUGAGGUUGGCGUCGGGCUUAAUGUCAGGGAUUUUGGGUUUCGGUUGCGUUUUUCCCCCACCCCUCUCCUCCUCCUCCUCCUCCUCCACACAUCCUGAGCCGGAGAGCCUCUUCACGGAUGAACCGGUCUUCCCUUUGCCGGGCCGGGCGGGAAAGAUCUAGGUAGACUCCUCCUCCUCCUCCUCCCCGCACCCUCACCCCGCUCCCGCCCCGCUCCUCCCUCCCCUUCCAGCUGACACUCCAGCACGGGGCUCCGGGGCUCCGGGCCGGAUCCUGCCAGCCCCACGGCGGGCUGGCCGGCAGCCCGGCGGCCACUGGCCUCGUUUCGGGGCGGCCGCACCCCGAGCUGGGCCUCGGUGCCGCCCAGGGCCUCGCCGGCCAGAUGACCGACCGGGCUUGCUCGAGAGCCGCCAUUCCCCUCACCCGGGGCCUCCCGGCGCCCCUCCCCGCUCCAUGGGCCCGGGCAGAAGAUGGGGGUCCGACCCUGCUCUGACCGCCAACCCCCCCACCCUGGGCGUCUGAAGCCGGAGCGAUCUGGACCCCGGGAUUCCCUCGGACUCCUCUUGCGUAGAAGAGCCGGGGUCGCAAGGGCGGCGCGCGGUCAUGCUGAUGGGUUUUUUUUUAUUAUUAUUAUUAUUUAUAGGAAUUUUUUUUUAAUGUAAAGAAUUGCACUGAACUCUGUCACCGUCGAUGCUGCUUUUUGUAGCUCCUGAGAAGAAGGUUCCACAUUUGUAGUAUACUGCAAUAAUAUUUUUUACGGCCCGCUCUUUUAGCGCCCCCA